AUGGCAAAGACCACCGUUGAAGAAAUAUAUAAAGCUUACGAAGAAAUCGACAAAGCCGGUUCCAAUUUUGAACAAGUCAAGAAAUCAUACGAGAUAGUAAUCUCUGGCGCGCAUGGCGAAAGUAACUGUAAGCGUCUCGCCGCACAAUUCAUUCCGCGAUUUUUUGGCAAAUUUCCAGACCUUAACGAGGCAGCCAUCGACGCCUUAUUUGAUCUGUGUGAGGAUACCGAUUUGAAUGUGCGAUUGACUGUUAUAAAAUACUUACCCAAUGUUGUCAAAGAAUCUGACAAGGUUGCGGUACGAAUUGCUGAUGCAUUAGUACAAUUACUACAAAAUGAAACAUCUCAGGAAAUAGCCGCCGUAAAGAAGGCGUUAGAGCAAGUAAUUCGGUUAUCACCUCGCGAUUCCAUUGUCGCCAUAUUUCAACAAUCAUUAAAGGGUUCCACUGAAGUCCGUAAUAGGACGAUUAAUUUUCUAUCCAAUGACUUGAAUCGAUUCAAAAACGAUCUAUUUGAGAAAGGAGAUGACGUUGAAGCCUGCUUUGCCAAUGAAGUGAAAAAGGCACUUCGUGACUCUACUUUGUCAGAAUUUGAGACUUUCCUAAAGAUGCUUUUAUCCCUCAAGAUGUAUCAAUUAGAGAAAAAAGAGAACUUGAAAGAAUUGAUAAAUGUAUUGAUUGAAUCGAUUGCUACCGAGAGCGAGGACCUUGAUCCUACUAACUAUGUAAAAGUUCAAAAGUUUAUUUUAUGCGGUAAAACACUGAUGCCAUGUUUUGAGAAAGGAGUCAAGAGUACGCCAUUCCUCGCCUUUCUUGUGAAUAAAGUUUUACCCAAGGAUAAGUUCAACCGAUUACAAGAAAAGCAACAGAAAAGUAUGUUGCGAUUUCUGGCGGAUUGUAUUAGUGGAAAGCACACUGAGGCAACGAUCAAAAGUGCAGCUCCGAUAAUCAAGGAGUUGUUUAUUAGCGAAAUACCUCCUGCGGGAGAUGACGUUGAAGUCGAACCAAAAUUAGACUUACCAAGGGUCGAAUACAUUGUAUUCACGUUAUAUUGUAUUGCUUCAAAGAUUCCCGAAAUUGUCGAAGGAGAAGAUGUUUCCUUACGGUUUAAGAACCUUUACGUUGUCUCUCAUAAGUGCAUAGCACGCAUCAAGCAAGGCUUGAAAGAUCUGCAAAACCGAGAACCAAAGGAUCAGGAAACACUGGAGAAAAUUAAAAAAGCAGAAAGUGGUCAAAUCGUCACCAACAAUAUCUUGAAUAUGAUAAAGGAAUUGAUGAAACCUGCGAAAGCGAGACAUUUCACAAAGGUCCAACAUUCAUGGCAGUCUUUGACUUCCAAUACACCAUUGGCACCUCAAACCUCAGCAAAACGUACCGCUGAAUCCGUGUCGCCGGUUGACGGUACACCGAAUAAAAAAAGUCGUACAACUGAAGAGAAAUCGACCAUAAAACUUCCGCAAAAGUCCGCAGUUCCCAAGCCACCUCAAAAUGCUUUACCUCGCAAUAAUCAAAAUCGUCAAACGUUUAGUAAUACUAGGAAUAGUGGCUUGAGCAAUAACAAUUUUAGGAACGGAGGUAGCAACGGAAGAAUUUCCAAGCUCAAUAGAAACAGCGCGAAAAACAACCAUCAGACUUUAUACGUUCCACCGCCUAGAAGAGGUAUGUAA